AUGGGCGUCAUGAACAUCAUCGUCUCCGUUCUGGCUUUUGCCGCCGCCGGCGCCAUGGCCAUGCCUGCCCCCCAAGACGAGACUACGACGACGACCACCGCUACGGCCACAGCCACCGAGACUUCCACUGCCACCGCCACCACCACGACUACGCCAGGCGGCUACGGCUCGUACGGAGACUAUGGAGACUACGGCAGUUAUGGCUCCUACAGCGAGGAGGUUGAGGCCGCUGAGUAG